CCCCUUGCCCUGCUCUGGCGCGCUUCUGUCAUUGUUUCCCGGCCCUGACCGCCGCCGUCGUCGCGCUUCAAGACCACGAGGUUUUUUGACUAGGAGGUAGUUGACUCCCGUGAUCCUGUCUGCCCGUUGCAGCCCCCCCUCCCCCUCCCCGUUUGCCUCGUCCGCUUUCACCACUUUUUGCCGGCUGCAGUCGGACGGCAGAUGUCUUCUCCCCCCCGUCCGCCCACAUCCAUGGUGGUGCCCCCCCAUUGCCUCGCCUGGGGCUCGCUCGAGUAAGCGGGUGCAAGGUUGCUUUAUCAGCGUGGACCUUCUGGGCCUAGCACGCCUCACCCGUGCCAUCCCAGUCGGUCCGCCGCCAGGGGACUGGCCCACCCCACUGAGCUUCCCAGACCUGGCCUGCUGCCGUCCAGGGGCCCCCAAAUAAAACACCAACGCGUCCUACCUCAGACUGAUUCUUGCGGAGGCUUUAGCCCUUCUUUUCACUGUCGAUGUCUUACUGAUGCAUCUUGUCUCUAUGCAGCAUCAUCCCCACCACCAACAACAGGGUCCUCCGCCUUCGCAACACCUUCAACAUUCGCGACCGCCGAGCAUUGUCCACCAGCAGCAUCACCCGCAGGCUCACACGCCGCAGCAGCAGCAGCAGCAUCAGCAUCAGCAGCAGCAUCAGCAUCAGCAGCAGCAUCAGCAGCAGCAGCAACACCACCACCAAUCUCAGCAGGCGCAGCACCACCAGGGCGCAUAUUCGGCCACGCACUCCCUCCCGCAGGCCUACCAACCAGGCAGCCACGGCGCCAGCUCCCAAGACAACCUGGGCUACUAUAGCCAUCCGAGUCCCUAUAGCACUCCGGGUGCCAACAGCGGAUACACCUCCGCAGGUGAGUUCAGGAGCGAAGCCGUUGACAUGACAUACCAGGUGCUGACGUCGGCCACUUGCUAGCAG